UUAUUUUUAAUUCUUCAUUGUUCCAGCUCUUAGCUCCUGCUUUUUUUUAAAAAAAAAAGUGUGUGCUUUGAAUUAAUCCUUUGAUUCCCCCCCUCCCCCUCCUUAGCCAGACGGCCACACAAGCACACACGCAGACACGGCUCCAUCCUCGCUUUCUGGGUGUGUUAACUCCAAUGUAGCUCUCAUCGCCCUGUUUGUUCUCCCCCCCUCCCCCCCCCCAGGCAUGAGAAACUGCAAGAUGGUCCGAGUGGUGAGCGUCCUGGGUCUGGUGAUGCUCAGCGUGGCUCUGCUGAUCUUGUCCUUCAUCAGUUACGUUUCCCUGAAAAAAGACAAUAUCUUCGCUCCCAAAUACGCCAACUCGGGGGUGCCUCGAAUGUACAUGUUCCAUGCCGGAUUUAGGUCUCAGUUUGCACUGAAGUUCCUCGAUCCCUCCUUUGUGCCCAGUGCAAACUCCGCAAACCAAGAGCUGCAAGAUAAAACUCCCAAAUGGACAUUCAACAGAACGGCAUUCUUACAACAAAGGCGAGAGAUCCUUCAGAACGUUGACGUAGUGAAGAACUUUUCUCUGACCAAGAGCAUGGUUCGGAUCGGCCAGCUGAUGCACUACGAUUACUCCAGCCAUAAGUAUGUUUUUUCCAUUAGCAAUAACUUCCGAGCGCUGCUUCCAGAAGUCUCGCCCAUUCAGAAUAAGCACUACAACAUCUGUGCUGUGGUUGGAAACAGCGGGAUCUUGGUGGGCAGCCAAUGUGGGGAAGAAAUAGAUAAAUCUGAUUUCGUUUUCCGUUGCAAUUUCGCUCCGACCGAGGCAUUCCAGAAAGAUGUUGGCAGGAAAACCAACCUGACCACGUUCAAUCCAAGCAUUUUGGAGAAGUACUACAACAACUUGCUGACCAUUCAAGACCGCAAUAACUUUUUCCUCAGUUUGAAGAAGCUUGACGGAGCCAUCCUUUGGAUCCCAGCCUUUUUCUUCCAUACUUCAGCAACCAUCACGAGAACAUUGGUUGACUUCUUCAUCGAGCAUCGAGGACAGCUGAAAGUCCAGUUGGCCUGGCCAGGAAAUAUCAUGCAGCACGUAAACAAGUACUGGAAGAACAAACACCUGGCUCCCAAACGGCUCAGCACAGGUAUUCUUGCAUAUACUCUUGCGUCGGCAAUUUGCGACGAGAUCCACCUGUACGGAUUCUGGCCCUUUGGAUUUAAUCCGAACAACCGAGAAGACCUUCCCUACCACUACUACGAUAAAAAGGGAACCAAGUUUACUACCAAGUGGCAAGAGUCCCACCAGCUGCCCGCCGAGUUCCAGCAGCUCUACCGAAUGCACGGAGAAGGUCUCGCAAAGCUGACUUUGUCCCACUGUGCCUAAGGAUUUAACCCGAAGUGCCAAAACGAUUGUGGUUUUUAAGACAUUUAAAAAGUGCCGAAAUUGAAUUUCAAGAGGGAAACAAAAAGCAUUUGUGGGGGCGGGGGGGAAGUAUUUUCUGUAAUUCAGAUAUGCUUUGAAAUCGCCCUUCUAUUGACUUGUUUCAAGGGGUGGGGGUGGGGUUGCGGGGUGGGGGGCAGCUUCCGCACAUUUAGCAAUGCCGGAGCAUUUCAUAGAAUCAUGGUUCGUUUCAUGCAGUAGGGAAGUCAGAGCUGUUUACGAUAGGAAGUUUUGCAUCUGUAGUUAACGCUGCCAAGAGUGUCACUUCAAAGUAUUUUCAUACGCCUCUAUUUUUCACAUUCCUCAUCAGAUGUUGAGAAUAUUUGUGUUUGCUUAUUAAGAGUUGUGGGUUUUCCCAGCGGACCUACUGCUGUUGAAUGGCAGGAAACAGUUGUGUUGUUCCAUGAUCAGUAUAAAAACGAUUCCUGCUCUUCUGACUGAACAACAGUUCACGCCGGCGUGUUUCCAUUAAAGUCUGUUGGGACUUGUCA